UUCUCGCUCCUAUGUUCUCUCUAGGAGAAAACGGGAAGUCUCUCUCUUUCCUCUAUCUCUGGCUAUAACCUUGCUCUCUCGCCUCCUCCCCUCAUUUCCUAAAAUCGGGCGUCUAUUCGCUCGCACCACCACCGUCGUUCCCCGCCGCUGCCGUCGUGGACCUCUUGUCGCAACAAAAUCAAGAAACCCUAAUUCUAUUUGAUCAUCAGGUCUUGUAGAAGUGAAAGUUGGUGUAAGGAAAGAUGUCUUCGCCAUAUGUUAAAAUUGGCAAUCGAACGGUUGAUCAGUUGAAGGUCACUGAGCUUAAGGAAGAGCUCAAGAGGCGUAGAUUGACUAGUAGUGGGUUGAAACAAGAUCUGGUGAAACGUCUGGAUGAAGCACUACGUAUUGAAAUGCAAAGUUUGGAGGAAGCACAGGACGACCAUUCACAGCCUGAGGUUCAUAUUCAAAAAGAAAAUGCAGUGACUGAUGUUAAUGAUAGUGCUAAGGCUUUUACCGGGACAGAUAUUGACAUUGUCGGAAAGAUAGAUGACUCCAGAGGGUCAUCAGGUGAAGGCAAAGUCAUUGAAACAGGCUUGGUGCAGGGAACCGAGUUUGCUGGGCUGGAAGGUGGACAGGCUCCUGAACCCUCUUUUGUGGAAACUACAGAAGUUGAAAACAUAACUGAACCUGUGAAGAUUUUGGAAGAAUCAAACUCACAAGAUCAUGGAACAAAUGAGGACGGAGAUGCUACUCUAUUGCUUAAUGUUGAUGGAUCCCUGCAGGAGGAUGCGAAGGUUGAACUCUCAGCUCCUAAUACGAAUGAAGGUAUUCACUCAACGGAGCAGAGGGAAAACGAUGAUUCCAGUACACUCGAACCAGGUUCCAGUGUCCAGACACUGAAGUAUCAGGUAUCUGCGGUUGACCCUAAUUUAGGGUUUCAAGUAACAUCUGAUUCUGUUUCUACUGAAUCUGUCUCCAUUAUUGAGAAAAAUGAACUAAAGAUUGAUGUAAUUAAUGAUAAUGUCAAAUUAGAACUAGAUGUUAAGCCUGGGAUGGUGCAGCAGUCUCCCAACGUCGCUGUCCCUGAUGGUGGUGAAUCACAUCCAAUGGAUGUUGAAGAGCCACUUGACAAAAAUAAUGUGAAAGAUGAUCUUGACAUAAAAGAUGUUAAAGAGCCACUUGACAAAAAUGAUGACAAAGUUGACCUUGACAUAAAAGAUGUUGAAGAACUUCAUGAUGUCAAGAGCAUUGAUAGUGGGGAUGUAGAUCCCCCUGAAAAAUUAAGUUUAGAUCGGAGUUCUGGCGAUGAUUCCAUGGAAGAGGAUAUAAUGGAGAGUAAACAGAUGGAUGGCAAGUCUGAUUCAUUUACUGAAAAUGUGGAGAACUCUGGAACACCUAGUGUGAAAGAGGAGGAUCAUGUGGACGUGGUUGGUCAUGAUAAUCCCGUUGAAAUGGAGACAGCUUCUGGCCCGACCUCUGUGAAAAGAAAAUUUCAAGACAAAGAAGCCGUUGGCAAUAAUGAUGCUGGGAAGAAGGUGCGCAGGUGGAACACUGAAAGCUUAAAGAGUUCUGAGCCACAGAGUGGUUCUAUAACACCAAAAGGUUCAUCUGAACCUAGUUUUAAGCCCAUAACAGGUGCCAACUCCUUAGCUAAUGUAGAGGAGGCUCCCAAGGAGCGUGUGGUUCCACCAUCAUCAAAGCCACCUACUAAUUCUCUCAGAAUUGAUCGUUUUCUGCGCCCUUUUACUUUGAAAGCUGUCCAAGAACUUCUAGGAAAGACUGGAACUGUUACCAGUUUCUGGAUGGAUCACAUCAAAACCCACUGUUUUGUCUCAUACUCAUCUGUUGAAGAGGCUUUAGAAACCCGUAAUGCUGUAUACAAUCUCCAGUGGCCUACAAACGGGGGGCGCCUCUUGGUUGCAGAGUUUGUUGAUCCUCAAGAAGUCAAAUCACGCGUGGAGGCUCCACUUGCAUCUCCUGCAGCUCCCUCACCAACUACAGCAACCCAAUCCCCAUCUGUCGCACAACCUUCCCCACGACAGCAAUUAAUGAAGCAGCAGAUACCACCUCCUCUUCCUCCACCACCACUUUCCAAUCCACCACCCCAAGUCAGGGACCGGCUGCAUCCACCAAGGGAACAGCCUCUCCUGGCAAGGGACAGGCUGAACCUCCCACCUCCACCUCCGCUUCCAGCUGCGGAGAAGGUUGUUGAUCCACCAAUUGUCACUCUGGAUGACCUAUUUCGGAAAACCAAGGCCCCACCACGCAUCUACUACCUGCCGUUGUCUGAUGAAGAAGUUGCAUCAAAGCUGAAGACACAGGGGAAGAAUGUUACUCAGUAGAUUUCUGAUAAGAUUGGUUAGAGUGAAAGGUAUGUUAUAACUAUAUCUUUGCAGGUCUGCAGGUAGGAUGUUCCGGUGCUGGUUCAGUCAUGGAUCUCAUCUGAGGCUGAGUUAGGAAUUUGUUUUCUUUUAGUUGAUGAGAGUUUUGGACAUCCAUCUGUUUCUAAAGGAGGAUUGUAUGUUACUAACAUUGCUACAACAUUUGGAUCCUUUUUAUUCUCAGCAUGCAUUUUUACUCUGCUUUUUUCAA